GUCGUUGGUGGAGCUCAGAAGCUCGCUGUGGUUCUCCAACAGCUUUCUCCAGCAACAACCAAAUGAUCCCAUCCAAAGACAUCUCCAAGAUCAAAAAGAACAACAUCAAGGUCGAUGCCAGUGGCUUGAAAUUGCUUUACUUGAACUCCAAAGCCCAGCCUGACUUGUCCACCAUCAGGAUCACCAACAGCUCCUCCCUCAACUCCACCGACAAUGAUAGCGUCUAUCUCACCUCCAGCAAUAGAGAUCCCAGCAUCACCAAUCUCAACAACCACUUCAACAAGUUCAGCUCAGACUCCUCGUUGUCCAUCCAUUCCAAUUCCUCCAAUCUAGACUUGAAUCUAAACAGCCUCAACUCCAGCGCCAGCACCAGCGCCAGCGCCAACACUGAUCAGCUCAAUGAUAACGACUCCAUAUCUGCUUCUUCCUUUUCCAGGAACUUUUUGUUCAGCUUCAAUAACUCCAACAAAAAAUCGAAAAAAAACACAAACUUGAUCUCCCAGAAGUUCUGGAUGAAAGAUAAUACCUCCUCCGAGUGCUUUAUCUGUAACAAGUCCUUCACAACCUUCAGGCGAAAACACCACUGCAGAUUCUGUGGCCAGAUCUUCUGCAGCAGCUGCACUUCUCUAAUAAAUGGCGAGCGAUUUGAUUAUAACGGCAAAUUGAGGACCUGCAGAAACUGCCUUCUAAGCAUCCAAUUGUAUGAUGAAGACUCCUCUGAUGAUAACUCAAUAAUCAAUCAACCAGAUUCAAAUGACAAUAAUUCCAACACAAAUGCAGGCAAUUUAAAUGAAAGCCUAAUCAUAGGCUCAGCUGCAAACUCGAACAUUAAUACAAACUCCAGCGGCAAUAAUAACAACAGCAGCAACAACAACAACAACAACAACAAUAAUAAUAAUAAUAAUAAUAAUAAUAAUAAUAAUAAUAAUAAUAACAUCUUCAAUUAUCCUGAUGAUUAUACCAGCAGCUUUGCUACUGACCACAUCUUCACUGACUUAAACAAUAUUCACACUUCAAAUUCCAUCCACAGCAACCAUCUGGCCAAUAACUUAUCCUCUAUAAAUAUAACAAGACUACCUUCAAUUCAUUCAAAUUUGAGUUUCACAAAUGUAAAUAACUACAGUAAUGCUUCCUUAGGAAUUGACCAGAAUCACUGGUAUGAUUCAGAUACUAACGAUUCAAAAGAAUCGGAAGAUGAACAGUCAAUGUCCCUAUACACUGCUCUUCAUGGUCACAAUAAUGCUAAUCGUGACCCCAGUAUUCCAAUUAUAAUAACCUCAAAUACUUCUGAUAAUACUUCUCCAAACUUUGGAAGUACAGAUGUUUUAAGUUCAGUUCAAUCACUCAAUAUAUUUAAUAUUCCGAACGACAAUAUUAAUAAUAUCAAUAUUAACAAUACAGAUACAAAUACAAAUACAAAUACAAAUACAAAUGCAAAUGCAAAUGCAAAUACUAAUGCAAAUACUAAUACUAAUACUAAUACUAAUACUAAUACUAAUACUAAUACUAAUACUAGUACAAAUAUCAAUCCCACUAUUAAUAAUUCCAAUCCCACUACCGCUACCACUGCUAACAAUAUCAAUACUACUAAUCCCAAUUUAAAUAACGAUUCUAAUAACGACUAUAACGAUGAUGAUCCAACAAAUCCCAUUUCUUUCACCAACUCAACUUCAAUCCCAAAUAAUAUCUCUUUUCUUGAUUCAAAUAUAAAUAUUAGAAAAGCUAGAACUAACUAUACAUCUUCAAAGGAAAGAGCAAGCGCUUCCUUACAAAGACUAAAACGAAGCAAAAGUUUAAAUAGGUCUGGCUUCAAUAAAAGAUCCAGAUUCUUAAUGUCAAAAGAUGAUUCAAGCAUCAACUACGGAAAUAACGACGAUAAAUUUUACAAGAAAAAAUUUCUUAAAGCUGAUUCAACCCCUUCUGAAACUUCUAGAUCCUCAAAUGAUUUUCUUGACAGCCCAAAUUAUAAUAACAAUAACAACAACAAUAAACUUGAUAAUGAUAUUGCCAGUAACACAAAUACUUCUGAUGGUAACUCAAACCUGUUAUUAUCUCUUAUCAAAAACUCAAAUUCAAUACCAAAUUUAUCCUUUGGUUUUAAUUUCAACUCAAAUUUCAACUCCAAUUCUACCUCCAAUUCUAAUAAUAUCAAUAACGAAAGUAAUACUAUUACUACUACUAAUACUACUAAUACUACUAAUACUACUAAUACUACUAAUACUACUAAUACUACUAAUACUAAUACUACCAAUACUAAUACUAAUACUAAUACUACUAACAGUAAUAGUAACAACAACAAUAACAACAACGAUAAAAACAACAAUAAAAAUAACAAUAAAAGCAUUGAAAACUCAAAUAAAAAACUAUCAACUUUCUUUGACACCUCAAAUCAUACCAAUAAAAUAGAAAAUCAUCGUCCUAUAAAUUCUAAAAACAUUGUCUCCCAUAAAAAAUACAAUAAUCCGAAAAUAUCUGCAGUAACAUUUAAUGCAAACCAUACUAUUAUUUCAAAUAGCAAAAAACUUGAACAUGUAAUAAGUGGUUUGAAUGAAUCAUACUCUAAAAAGUUUCUUAGACAGCUACUAAAUGAUGAAAAUCUUCCCAAAGAAGAUAAAAUAAAAUGGUUUAAAGUUAUAAAUAAAAUAAUAGUCGGCAUUGAAUCCCUAAAUCCAAGAAUAUCCAAACCAGAUGAUCUAGAUGUUAGAAGAUAUGUCAAAAUUAAAAGAAUCGAAGGAGGCACUGCUCAAGACUCAUUUUAUGUUGAUGGAAUUGUUUUCUCGAAAACUUUGGCUUUAAAAACCAUGAAAACAAGAAUAAAAAAUCCAAAAAUAUGUUUGAUAGUUUUUGCUUUGGAGUAUAAUAAAUCAGAUCAACAUUUUACAAGUUUAGAGCCUGUUUUAUCUCAGGAAAAAGAAUUCCUUGAAAAGUUAGUCACAAGAAUAAUUGAUUUAAAACCUGACAUUGUUCUUAUUGGUGCAAAUUGUAGCGGCUAUGCUUUAAAAUUGCUAAAUUAUGCUGGUAUUGCCACAUCUUACAACGUUAAACCCCAGGUGAUAGAAAAAUUAGCAAGAGUUACCGAUGCUGAUGUUAUAAGCUCCAUGGAUAAAUUAUCACUAAUGAACCCCAAACUAGGUGUUUGCGAAUUAUUUGAAGUUAAAACGUUUCUAUAUCAAAAUGUUAGAAAAACCUUUAUGUUUUUUACUGGUUGCAGAAGGGAUUUGGGAUGUACAUUAGUAUUAAGAGGCGGUGAUCUGAAUUUUCUAAGAAUUAUAAAAAAUGUAGUAGAGUUCAUGACAUUUUUAACUUUCAAUUUAAAGUUGGAAACAUAUUUGGUAUACGACUCCUACUUGAAAAUUACCUCUCAAAACAACUUAAAACUCAAGCUAAAUAAAAACGAUUAUAAUUAUGCUUUCAUUAAAUAUUUUCAAAAAAGGCUAAUGUCAGUUUCUCCUUCUGUUAAAUUCAGAUUGCCGUAUUUACUCACUAAAGCUAGAAACAUUCAAAAAAAAUUGAUAGAAUUUAAAAGCACCAAUAAUCAAAUUCUUACAAAUAAUAAUUUUAAAAUAACUGAGACUGAAGUUAAAAAUAAAUUCAAUUUAACUGUAGAUUUAUCUGCAUCUGAUGAUAAAGAUUUAUUAAAAAUAGCCAGACAACUCGCCCUUUCAACAAUAAAAGAACUUGAAGCUAAGUUUGCUAUUGCUUCGAGACAGUGGGAGAUUUUCUCUCAAUCCUCGCCUUUUCUAUUAUUAGAGCCUGCUAUUCAUCAAAACCUAAUUGUUUUAUAUUCAUUGAUCAGCUCCAAAAAUUCCGCUGCAUGCAUUGGGCCUCAACUUCUGCAAAUUGAAUUCUUCUGGAACAGUGAUACCUCGCUUGGUCUUCAUAUUGAAAAUCUCAGCUACAGUGCUUAUCAAGUGUGUGGUGACUGUGGCUUGCCAUUGAUUGACCACUACACAAGCUAC